AUAGCUUUCAGGAGAUGUGGGAGCUCUACCAACAGCACUCAGUCCAGAAGGACAGGCCAGAGUGUUUCAGCAGUGACCGGAGGGAGCUCAUCCGGAAGGCCUACGGUGGUUACAUGCACCUGUUACUCAUAUAACAAGCGUGACAAUGAAGAGAUUCAGGAAAAACGACAGGAAGGACCAGGUAAGUUGCAGCACAUGCGUAGUAAAUGUAAAUUGUUCAAAUUUUUUACCCAGAAAUUGAGCUCCACUAGCCAAGACCCCACAUGGCUGGAUGACACUGCUUUUUCGGCGGUGAUGAAUUUGGAAGAACUGGGCAGGUCCAAGAAGCCCAAGCCUGAGGCAUCCUCCUGCCAGGCAUCUUCCACUGUCCAGGCAUCCUCCUCCACCAAGGUGCCCUUCUCCAUCCAGGCCUCUUCCAGUGCCCAGUCCUCCUCCACCUCACAGCUGCCCGUCACCAAAGUGCUCUCUCACACCAAGGCGUCCUCCUCGAAAGCAACCUGCUCCACCCAAUCACCGUCCUCCUCCACCACACAGCUCUUACUCGUCUCAGGUACCCACCUAUAGAUCUUCACCCAGCAAGGAACCUCUGCCCUGCACCUCAGUCAUGCCAAAGAGGUCUUUGUCCACUGACAGCACCUCUUUUGUGGAGUCAUCUCAAAGCAAAUCCCCUGUAAGCG